AUGACUUCAACAAGAACACACAAAGCCGUCGUUACUGUUGCUGCUCGUGCACCCCUCGAGUUGGCAACCUACCCCACGGUCGACCCUGGAGCAGGUGAGCUGCUCAUACGUGUCGAAUGGACGGCCGCCACGCCCCUUCAUCUCCACCAGGCCGAUGGCGGGCUUCUCAUCCAGCAUCCGGCCAUACUGGGCUCAACUAUGGUUGGUGUGGUAGUCCAGGUUGGCCCUGAGGAUAAGUCUUCGCAAGGAAACGUCAGUUUCGAGGUCGGAGACCGGGUCUUUGGCUUUUGCCCUCCAUUAUUCGGCGAGAAGGCACGUGCUUUUCAGGAGUACGCAACGGUGCCAUCGUGGUGCUUUGGCAAGGUCCCACGCGACACCAGCGCCCAGGAAGCCGCUACCCUGCCCGAGAAUUUCGUCACAGUCUUCAACACACUGUCAAAGGACCUCAACCUUGAUACACCCUGGCCAAAGCCUGAGAAUUACCGCCCUACGCACGCAGACACACCCAUCUUGAUCUGGGGUGCCGCGUCCUCAGUCGGCCAAUAUGCGCUUCAGAUCCUCAAAUUCUACGGGUACAAACGACUCAUUGUCACUGCCUCGGCUCAGCACCACGCCCAUCUCCAAGAGCUGGGUGCCUCCGCCUGCUUCGACUACCGCAGUCCGAGCGUGGUACAGGACCUCCUAAAGCACGUCACGGCAGCAGAUAAGAACAAGGAAGCAGCACCGGUGUACCCGCUCAUCAUUGACUGCAUCGGCUCGCAGGCGGGAUCACUCAGCCCGCUCUCCAGGAUCCCGCAGAGCGGAAGCAUAGUUGCGGUCAUGCUGCCGGUCAUCCUCAAACGUGCCACGGAGGACCAGGCACCGGAAUAUUCCAUGGACGUGGAGGCGAGCGCAAAAUGGGCGGAUGGGGUCGUUACUCGUGGCGUGAGGACGCAUUUCUUUGCUGAAAAUUAUCUGCAAAGGGAGGUCAUGCCGACCAUGUUGGCCCAAAGGAAUGUCGUACCGAACAGGUUCCGCGUUGUCGAGGGUGCGACCAUGCUCGAGAGGGCAAACAACGCAAUCAGAGAGCUUCGCCGGGGUGUGAGUGGAGAGAAACUCAUCUGGCGCGUCUCAGAUGAGUGA